AUGUUUGCUUCCAUGACUCCAAUCAUUCUUCUUCUUCUUUUUCUUGCAACUUUUUUUGCUCACCCAUUUUCUUUCCUUGCCCAACCAGUAAAUCCCACCUCCAGAAUCAGUGUUGUUGGUGUUGUUUAUUGUGAUACCUGCUCCACUAAUUCUUUCUCUAGACACAGCUACUUCUUGCCAGGUGUGGAUGUUCAUAUACAAUGCUCAUUCAAAGCAAACUCACCUAAAACAGCAGAGCAGAUAAACUUCUCAGUUAAUCGAACAACAGAUAGAUAUGGGAUAUACAAGCUGGAAAUACCACAAGUUGAAGGGGUCGAUUGUGUGGAUGGUUCAGCAAUUGAAUCUUUAUGCCAUGCAAGUUUAAUAAAGAGCUCAUCUUCUGGCUGUGAUGUUCCUGGAUUAAAGACAACAACUAAUGAGAUAACGGUCAAGUCGAAGCAAGAUAAUCACUGCAUUUACAGCUUGAAUUCGCUAAGCUACAAGCCAGCCAAGAGAAAUGAUACCUUGUGUGGAAAUCACAGACAAGAGUUGCCAAGUUCCUUCAAUUCUUCAAAGUUCUUUCUCCCUUACUUCCCACCAUAUGGUUUCCCUUGGCCUACUUUGCCUCCAUUACCUUUUCCUCGUUUACCACCAUAUCCAACACUACCCUUCCCUCCCUUGCCACCAUAUCCAAGACUACCCUUCCCUCCCUUGACACCAUAUCCAAGAGUACCUUUCCCUCCCCUCCCACCACUUCCCUCUUUGCCCUUCCCAUUCCCUCCUCUCCCACCCUUUCCACCAACCCCAUCUCUCUUCCAACCACCUCCUCCACCAGCUUUUAACCUAGGAGAUCCAAGGACUUGGAUACCUCAUAUUCCUUCAUUAUCACCUCCCCCGCCACCUGCAUUUAAUCUAAGAGACCCAAGAACUUGGAUACCUUACCUCCCUCCAUCCCCUCCCAAUAGGCCUCAGAAUCAAAACCCAUAAUAGAUUGCUCCAUAUAUCAUCUCAAAGCAAUUUAUGUUCAAUAUGUCAUAGUUCAUAAUUACAUGAGCUUUGUAUGUGAUGAAAAAUAGAAGCAUAUAGAUAUAAAUGUACUCCCUUAAUAAGAUCAUUAUAGCUAUCA